CUACACACGCCAAUUUUUGGCAGAUAUAUUUCUUAUAUUUUUUUGACAUUUUUCUGUAUUUCCAUAAAAAGUAAGUUAAUAAGUAUUCCCUAUGGAAUUUGAUCUGGACGAAUUAUUCCGUUGGAUUGACGAUCAUGAGAUUACUCGACAAAAAAAGAAUUUGACUCGAGAUUUUUCGGAUGCAGUUCCAUUAGCGGAAAUUCUAAAGAAGCACUAUCCAAAACUUGUUGAGUUGCAUAAUUACGCGCCCAGAAACGCUGUUUCCCAAAAAUUAAUCAACUGGGAAAUAUUGAAUAAAAAGGUUUUAAACAAAUUAAAAAUCAAUUUGAACUAUUUAGAACAAGAGCAGCUGGCUAAAGCCGCUCCCGGAGGCAUAGAAAAACUUCUUCAUAAAAUAAAACUGAAAGUGGAAAAACAGCAAUCUGUACGGGAAAAAAGCAGUGAAAGCAGUGAAAAAAAUUACUUUUUGGAAGGUAUUUCGAGUGAUGAAUCUCCGGAAGACAGGAUCAAAAACAUCAAACAAAAGCUAAUGCCAGUUGACAUGUGCAACAAAAUGGAAGCCGAUAUAAUGGAGAAGAAUGAUCAGUUGUUAAAACUACAGCAAAAGGUAGAUCAUUUAGAAAAUAUGUUAAUAAUAAAAGACGAACGAAUAAAUGAUUUAACUCGGCAACUUCAAGCAAUGGCAAAUGGAGAUGGAGACAAAACCACAUCACCCAGAACAAGAUUUUUCAAUAAAAUAUUCUAAUGUUUAUAAAUAAAAUGCAGAUCCAUAAUAAA